AUGAGCACACAAUAUAUUGAUGAGACAGCAUUUGUUCAGGCUGAGCAAGGUAAAACCAAUCUAAUGUUCUCUGACGAAAAGCAACAGGCACGUUUUGAGCUCGGUGUUUCCAUGGUUAUUUAUAAGUGGGAUGCGUUGGAUGUUGCCGUAGAAAACAGUUGGGGUGGUCCAGACUCAGCUGAGAAGAGAGACUGGAUUACAGGGAUUGUAGUAGACCUUUUCAAAAAUGAAAAAGUUGUUGACGCCGCUUUAAUCGAAGAAACGUUACUUUAUGCAAUGAUAGAUGAAUUUGAAACUAAUGUUGAAGACGACUCGGCUUUACCGAUUGCCGUGGAGGUCAUCAACAUAUAUAACGACUGUUUCAAUUUAAAUUAUAAUAAGGUAGAAAAAUUGUAUUUGGAAUGGCAAGAAAAGCAGAGAACUAAAAAAUCAAAAAGAGUUGUGCAUAUUGAGGGUGAUGAUGAUGAAGACGAUGAAGAUGUAGAGGACUAUGAUGACGAAGAUGAAGAUGAAGAGAUGGACGAGGUUGUACCUGACUUAGUAUCGUCUAAACCUGAACCAAUUGUUGACGAAGACGGUUUUGAAUUGGUUCAACCAAAAGGAAGAAGAAAGCACUAG